CUUUCUCUCAGCGCAUUUCCGGAAAAGUUCAGCAAGCUGCAGCUGCCUCACCUUUAUUCUGUGUCUGCAAAGAGUCUUAGGACUUCCAAAAGUUUAUAAAAAACAUGAGUGAUAUCAACCCGAACGAUUCGGCUCCAGCUGACGACGGAGAGGAGAAAGACUGGGCUGCGGCCAAAGCUUUUUUUGACAACCUCAAAACAAAGACACCGAGACCUCCCAAACCCCGGUAUGCUGUCACCAUCGCUGUCUCCUCACGCACCCUCUUCAACAUGAUGGCAGAGAGGAAGAUCUAUGAGGAAGAAGGACUGGAGAAGUAUGUGGCUCAUCAGGUGGAGCAUGAAAACGAGCCUCUGAAGCCAGGACCUGCUUUCCCCUUCGUCAAGGCGCUGAUGAAUGUCAACUCUCGUCUGAGGGAGCUUUAUCCAGACAGCGAGGAGCUGUUUGACAUCGUAUUAAUGACUAACAACCAUGCCCAAGUCGGAGUGCGCCUCAUAAACAGCAUUAAUUACUAUGAUCUGACCAUAGAGAGAUUCUGUAUGACAGGAGGGAAAAGUCCCACAGGCUACCUAAAGGCGUACAUGACAAACCUUUACCUCUCCAAGGACUCGGAGAAAGUCACAGAGGCCAUCGAGGAAGGCAUUGCUGCAGCCACCAUGUUUAUGCAAGAAACAGAUAAAGAGAAUGAGUUGAGCAACACGCAGCUGAGAGUGGCGUUUGAUGGCGACGCCGUCCUCUUCUCGGACGAGUCUGAGAUCAUUGUCAAGAAACACGGCCUGGACACCUUCUUUGAGCACGAGAAGGAGUUUGAGAACAAACCUCUUGCUCAGGGUCCCUUGAAGUGUUUCCUGGAGUCUCUCGGGAAACUACAGAGAAAAUUCUACGCCAAGAACGAGCGUAUGAACUGUCCCAUCCGAACCUUCCUGGUCACGGCCCGCAGCGCUGCCAGCUCUGGGGCUCGUGUCCUGAAGACUCUCCGCAGCUGGGGCCUGGAGAUCGACGAGGCUCUCUUCCUGGCCGGGGCACCCAAAGGGCCCCUGCUGCAGAAGAUAAAACCGCACAUCUUCUUUGACGAUCAGAUGUUCCACAUUGACGGGGCCAAGGAACUAGGAACCAUAUCUGCACACGUCCCCUACGGGAUCGGACAGAAGUACCACAAGGGGAAACUCAUCGAGCAGCCUGCAAAAAAGGAGUAACCUAAAAACGGUUAAAAUAUUAAGGAUGCACUACGUUGGUUUCCGACAAACUAAAAUAUUGUGUUCAGGAAAAACAAAGAAUAACGGCUACUUUUAUAGGAUUUAGGUAUGUAAUUGGUAAUGCAGUCUACAAAGUUUCCUACUUUUUCAGGGUUUUAUAAAUAUUUGAUGCUGUUUUGUUUUGGGAUAGGGUAUUAUUGAUGAGUGGGGGAAUGUAUUUUCAAUUAGUUAGAGUUACAAUAGGUGCCAUACACUAUUUCCACUUAAUACUGUUUUGGAAGAGAAACACCAGAUUAAUUACUUAUCAGUGCCUUUUAAUCAUACAACUGGUGUACCUGUUUAUGUUCUUUUUUUUUUUUUUACAUUGAAGUAUUGACAGUACAUAUAUAUGUCAGUAUAUGUGUAUUGCAGUUAGUCGUUUUCUUUACACUUUUAUGGGCUUUUUUUAUCUUGUUUUUCGACUUAAAAAUCAACAGCCAGGUAAAACAAAAUGGCAACCAAAACAAUAUACUACACAUUUUGCAUGUGUAUAUUAGUUAAGGGCUAUAUAUUUGUAUGGCUUAUAACGAACAAUGAUGCUGUCAUUCCUUUCUACUGUUUUUGCUGUUAAUGUGCACAAACUGCAUAAAACAUUUACCCUUUAUAUCCCUCAAACUUUUAUACUCGUGUUCUGCGAGUUUCCGCUUUUACUUUGGACCUGGAUAUAAUGCAGCACAAUGUUACUGCACUUUUCUAAUGUGUUUUUAUAUACUGUAGGUCGGACUACAUUAUGUUCUAUAUGUUUGCAGAUUGUAUUGUAUGUUCCUGUCUAUUGCACAGAUAUGAAAAUGUAUGCAUAACUAAACAUUAUUGAGGAGUUAUUGAGGAGUUUCACAGUUACACUCACUCAUUGGUAAAUGUUCAUAUCAUGUCUGGUGACAUUUCUCAAUGACAGAUCAAGUGGUAUUUUGUAUCGAUUGUAUUCGUCUUGUGACAACAAUAAAAUCAAUUUUGAAACAUUUAA